UAAAAUCUAAACGGUUUUCGAAAUUGUCUUUCUUCUAAUUUUGUGAGAUGUACAAGUACAAGUACAAGUACAAGUACACUCUUCUUUGAUUCAUGUGCUUUUCUUUGUUACAAAAAUUGGUGCAUAAAAGAAGGAAAACGGAAGUGGCUUCUAAAUUGUGCAGAUCGAGCAGAAGAAGCCCCCUUUGUGAAUUUCGAUGGGGAAAGUCAGAAAGCCUCCUCACUCCCCUGAGUUCGACAUCACCAUUGCUAAACUUCUAGAGGAGAGCAUAUCUAAGCAUCGGUCCUGCUGGCUACACAUAGUUGCUGCUCAGUGUCGGGGUGAGAAAACGUUAACUUUAACAGAUAUUAAGGAGAUAAAGAAGAGGUUUAGGCACACCUCACCUUGUUUUUUUGGAACUUUUCCCCAACGUAAGCGUUCUAAAUCUUCCAAGCGGGUGGUGGCUAGCCGUCAUGUUAUCCCCGGGAUAAGAAAGAAGCUAGACACUCAAACAUUUGAGCAGUACAUGGAGGUGGUUUGGAAGAGCUUUUCAGAAGAGAAGAGGAUGUCAUUUGUAUGUCUAGAUAGUCUGUGGUUUUCGUUAUACCGAAAAUCAUCAACUAAGCCUAAAGUUCUGACUUGGAUCAAGAAAAAGAGCAUAUUCUCCAAGAAUUACGUGUUUGUUCCUGUUUGUUGCUGGAGUCAUUGGAGCCUCUUGAUCUUUGUCCACUUUGGUGAUAGUUCAGACUCGGAAACUAGAGCCCCAUGCAUGUUGCUGCUUGACUCACUUGCGAAUGCGGAACCACAGAGGCUAGAACCUGAUAUUAGAAAGUUUGUCCAGGACAUCUAUAAGACCGAGGGCAGAAAAGAAGACAGGAAAGCGAUUUCCCGAAUUCCUCUGUUGAUCCCUAAGGUGCCUCAACAGAGGGACGAUGAAGAAUGUGGAAGCUACGUUCUCUACUUCAUCAACUUAUUUAUGCAGUCUGCUCCUGAAAACUUUAUCAACUCUGAUUACCCAUAUUUCAUGCGAAAAGACUGGUUUGAUCUCGAAGGCUUGGACUAUUUCCGCAACAGGCUUGAGAAUGAACUGUCUAGAAAAGCGCAGAUAACAAACACAAACACUUCGGACGAAUCUCAGCAGAAGUUGCAGAAAAGGGAUGGAGUAAUAUUGUUAGAUUACUGACCAGAAAGUUUCAUCCUUACCAUGGGUGGUAGCUGGAUAUGUAUUUUUGUAGCAUAUCAAAAUUCAAGGGCAGAAGCAGUCUACUCAAUAUGUAAAUAGUGUUCAUCCAAAAAUGUGUCCAGAAACUAUUUAAUCGCGCUGUAUUUUUGCGCUUCUGCAUCAGAAACUGUACAGAAAACCUGAAUGGCAUGCUUCUCUUCUACUUUUGUAAGCUGAAUUGUCUUAUGAAGUAGCACAUGUACAAGAAAUGAUAAUUUGACCCUGAUAUAUUAGUAUUAACUAUUAAGUGGUAA